AUGUAUAACCGGUACAACCAACAGAAUCAGACUACCCCGAACUCACAGAGGAACAGUUAUCCUUAUGGUCAAAACUUUCAGCCUACCCCUCAACAAGCCCUCCAACAAACGGGAUUGUCUGCGCAUGGAACCUCGUCACAGUUCAGCACAUUUAAUCCUUUGUCGAGUUACAGCAACUCUAGAAUGAGUAAUGACUUACGCGGUAACUACGGCGCGCACCUCGGCUCUCAUCAGCCACAGCAACAGUCACAACAGCCAACACACAUUUCGUGGCCGACGCAUAAGAACAACAAUUGGAGUACAGAUAUGGGUGCAUCUGGUGGUACAAACUCUCAGGCUAAUCACAGUAUGUUAUCAACGAGUAUCUACGGAAAUAGUGGUACGACCGGAAGCAAUACCGGUAACUUUGCCCAGACCACAAAUUCUAGCUUGUUUGGUGCUUCCACCCAACAACAACAAUCAUCACAAGCCACACAACGUAGGAUGCAAGGUCCGGUACAGACAAUGGCAAACCGAAUAAGUGGCGAUGCUCAUGCUUAUUCAAGUCAUCAAUCUUCAAUUGGCGCUCAUAAUCCACAAACUUCAAUAACGUCCUUGGCGGCUUUCCAUACUUCUCCCACACCUGCUGCUCAAACACCACAACAUGCGGCCACUCAUAACAACAGCGUGCUUUCCCUUCCCACUCCAACAAAUUCUUCUCAGGUUACAUCUUCCAUACUUCGUCAGCAACAAGUGUAUCCGAUGGACACAAGCAGUAACAUGAGCAGCUUGGGUGGCAUGAGCAAUAUGGCAUCAAUUACUGGUAUGGGUUCUAUUAGUAACGUGGGCUUUCAGCGGCAAGCGCUUGUUAACGAUACAAGUAACCUGAGUUCAUUUGCCGUGGAU